AUGUUCUUUUUCGCAGUCACAGCAAUCCUCGCGGGCGCAAACGCUCAGCGCUAUGAUGGACAAUUUGCGCCUUGCAACCCAAUGGUCAACGCAACGGGAGCCUGCACGCCCAACCCAGGUCUCCCCACCAGCACGUACAGCAUCGAUUUUACCCAGCAGACUGCCAUUCCAGCCAACUGGACGCUCUCGAACUAUGCCACCAUGAACUUCAGCUCCGAUGGAGGUGCCGAGUUCGUCUAUGCCAAACGCUACGACGCACCGCAACUCUGGACCGACUUCUAUAUUCUCUUUGGCAGAGUCUCCGUGGAAGCCCGCGUGGCAAAUGGGACCGGCAUGAUUUCCUCCUCGGUCCUGAUUUCGGAUGAUUUCGACGAGAUUGAUUUCGAGUUCUCGGGUAACAAUUACAACAUGACCAAUACGAAUGGUAAGGGCCAGAACAACUACUUCGGCAAGGGUAUCACGGGAAGCUAUGACCGCGGCCAGUACUUCGAUGUCAGCGAUCCGCAGGAUUCGUUCCAUACUUACACUUUCGACUGGAGUCCGGAUGCUUUGAAGUGGGAAGUUGAUGGCGUUGUGAUCAGAACUUUCGAAUACAACGCCAGUACGACGGCUGUCGGAAGUGAUUAUCAGUAUCCUCAGACUCCGUCGAGGUUGCAGCUUGGUAUUUGGGCCGGAGGUGAUCCCGGGGAGAAUGAAGGUACUAUCUCCUGGGCUGGUGGUAUUACGGACACGGAAGGCGGUCCGUAUACCAUGUAUGUGAGAAGGGUGGAAAUUGAGAAUUACAUGCCUGGAUAUGCGUAUAACUGGACGGAUCAAAGUGGAACGUGGCAGAGCAUCCAGAUUCUGAGUCGGGAUGUAGACAAUGGGACGGCGGUGGGAGGCGGCUCGACAACCAAUUCUGCAAGCGACUCAAGUUCGACAUCUGCUCCAACCAGCGGGGCUUCCACCGCGGAUUCUGCAGCAACGACAAGCCCUACCACUACGUCAUCCACAUCUUCGACUCCAAUUACUGGUGGCAACACGGUUUCUGGACAGGCAACUGAGACUACGCCGGCCGGCGCCUCUACGGUGGAUCCCAAGACGACGGCAAGCGAUGUUGAAGCUUCUACAACUCCAACUCCGACGGGUGGCGCGUCUGCCCCCUCAGUAGCUGCGGUUCCUGGCAGCUCGGCUCCUCCAGCAGUCACCAGUCCCGCAUCGAGUGAGAACGGCAGUCCAGGGGCCGGGAGCUCGGGCAAUGCUAGCUCAGGCACUGCUGGGUCGAACAGUGGCGCGUCCAAUGGUGGCACUUCCAACGGUGCCAGUCCCAACGAUGGCGCUCCCAGCACUGGCAACUCCAAUACUGACAGUUCGAACACUGGCAGUCCCCACAGCGGCAGCUCGAACAGCGGCAGCUCCGACGGCACUUCAAAUGGCAGCAGCAGCGACUCUUCUCCUGACGCGUACUCGUCCAACGACUCUACCGCAACCUCUACUCCUGGCGUUGGUGUCACAGGUGGAGAUUCUCAGCCAACUUCAGCAGCUGGAUCAACUGCUACGGAAGACGGCAGUACUCCGGGGCAGACUUCGGCUGUAUCGUCCACAGCUACUCCAGGACCGACCGAGUAUCCAGGUUACGCAGCUGUAAUGCCAGGUCCGAACAGUUCCGGCGUUCCCUUGGACGGUUCUUCAUCCUCCAGCGAAAGCACUGGGCAGGAUCAAGGCGCUGAGACUCCGACGAAUAGUGGCCAGGGAUACAUUGGAUCCUCGUCCUCUAGCAAUCAAAAUGGAGAUGGCUCUGGCGAUGGCUCCGAUGCUGAAGCUCAAUCUACUACGACGAGCGAGGGGGGUACUGCAGCGGCUACAGCCUCUUCCACCAACGGCACGUCUUCCUCGUGGCAAACGCCCGCGACAUACACAUCCGGUGCGAGGCGACUGAGCUUGUUUCCGUGGUUGAACUGA